UGGCACAUUCUUCUUUCUUUUUUCCUUUCUCUAUCCGCUUCUGCUUUCUCCCCCUACAUGUAAUUUACAGUCGUUUUUCCCUUGUCUCUCUCUCCUUUGUGUCAAUGGCUUAUCUCAUUGCUACCCUCGUCCUUUUGUCAAGAUGGCUCGCACCACGCCCGCACUCUCCCUCAGUCUCUCGCGCCGCUCGAAGGUGUCUCUCGCCUCGUCGCUCAACAUCUCGCACCGCCGCUCGACGCUUUCGGCCUUGCUGCCGUCCGACACAUCGAGACCGGCAAGGCCGUUGCGGCUGCUGAACCGCAGCGCGCCAUCGAUGCUCUCGAGCACCCGUUCGAGGCUCUCCUGCACGGCUUCACAGCUCGCGCCGUGUCCUGGCCCCAGUGCUCCGUUGUACUGUGCCAAAAAGGCCUGGCCAGCCAUCUCGAGCUGGGUGAGAAGCUGCUGGAAUGUGCGCGUCGAGGCGAUCAGGCCCUCGUAUGGGUCUUCUCCUCCCGCGGCGGGUCCAGUCGACGAGGCGCCACCUCCCACUCCCGCCGCCGCCGCUGCUGCUGCUGCUGGUGUUGAUCCCGAGGCCGACGCGCCGAGCUGGGUCCGCGACUGGCGGGGCGGAGGCGCCAUGCCGCCCGCCGCUGCAACGAGCGACGCAAAAGCCGCAGGGCUGUUGGUGUGCGUCGGAGGCCCGAGCAUCGAGAGCGACGAGAGCGACGAGCUCGACGGCGAGCGGCCCACGCCGCCCGACGUCCCCGGCGCAGCGGGCGACUUGGCCGUGGAUGCCUCCCUCGAGCUCACAAAGCGCGAGCCCUGUUGGGCCGACGAGGGAAAGGGCGAGGAGGACAUCCCCUCUUUCUUCUUCCUCUCCUUUUCCUUUCCUUUGGGGGAUGAUGUCGGUUGCAGAGACUGAAAGGAAAAU